UUCCCCGCACAUUGCGAUCUUUAGCUGUGAGUUCUGGUGGCGGCUGGUAGCUGAAGUGGUUGUAGGCGGUCCAUACCGGAGAGUCGCUAUGGCGGCGGUGGAUUCGGAUGUUGUAUCGCUGCCUCGUGGCCGCUUUCGCUGCUGCCUCUGCGACAUUACUACAGCCAACCGACCCAGCCUAGAUGCCCACUUAAAAGGCCGGAAGCAUCGGGAUCUCGUACAGCUACGAGCUACCAGAAAGGCCCAGGGACUUCGAAGUGUGUUUGUCAGUGGCUUUCCCAGGGAUGUGGGUUCUGCUCAGCUUUCUGAGUAUUUCCAGACAUUUGGCCCCGUGGCCAAUGUUGUCAUGGACAAGGACAAGGGGGUGUUUGCCAUCGUGGAGAUGGGAGAUGUGAGUGCGCGGGAGGCUGUCCUAUCACAGCCCCAGCACAGGCUGGGGGAACGUGCAUUGCGUGUCCGGCCGAGGGAGCAGAAGGAGUUCCAGAGACCAGCCUCUAAGUCUCCUAAAGGAGUGGACUCAAAUAGUCACCAGAUGGUCCAAGCACUGGCCGAGGCCCCAGAUGUGGAGGCACAGAUGGUAAAGCUUGUGGAACUGAGGGAGUUGUCUGAGGCAGAGCGGCAGCUUCGGAAUCUUGUUGUAGCCCUGAUGCAGGAGGUCUUCACAGAGUUCUUCCCUGGCUGUGUGGUCCAUCCUUUUGGCUCUUCUAUAAACAGCUUUGAUGUUCAUGGCUGUGAUCUGGACCUCUUCUUGGAUCUGGGUGAUAUGGAAGAGACUCAGCCAGCCCCACAGGCCCCACAGGCUCCAGAGGCUCCAUCCGUGGACUCAGCCCUUGCUCUUUCUCUGGAUUCUCAAGCGGUGGCCUGUACCCCAGCUUCUUCUCUAGACUCACCAUCUCCAGCUUCUCUCCAAGAUUCCGAGGCCGUGGACUCUGAGACCACACCUCUGGCACCGCAGACAGCAGACUCUACCACACCUCUGGCACCGCAGACAGCAGACUCUACCACACCUCUGGCACCGCAGACAGCAGACUCUGCUUUGGGCUCGGACACCGUCACUCCUCCCCAGUCCCUGCCUCCAGUUUCACCGCUGCAGGAGGAUAGGGGAGAGGGGGAACUGGGGGAGGCCCUAGAAUCAGCAGAAGCUUCAAAGGACGAGAAGGAGGAGGCGGCAGCAGUCCUAGAGUUGGUGGGCUCUAUUCUCCGGGGCUGUGUCCCUGGAGUGUACCGAGUCCAAACUGUGCCCUGUGCCCGACGCCCUGUGGUGAAGUUCUGUCAUCGGCCUUCAGGUCUUCAUGGAGACGUCUCUCUCAGUAACCGGCUGGCCUUGUAUAACUCCCGGUUCCUGAAUCUCUGCUCCGAGAUGGAUGGUCGAGUCCGUCCCCUUGUGUAUACCAUACGCUGCUGGGCUCAGCAUAAUGGCCUGUCAGGGGGCGGCCCCCUUCUCAAUAACUAUGCCUUGACGUUGCUAGUGAUCUACUUCCUUCAGACCAGAGACCCUCCAGUGCUUCCUACUGUGGCCCAGCUCACCCAGAAAUCAGGUGAAGGGGAGCAGGUAGAAGCUGAUGGCUGGGACUGUAGUUUCCCCAAGGAUGCCUCACAGCUGGAGCCAAGCACCAACGUAGAGCCUCUCAGUUCCCUGCUGGCCCAGUUCUUCUCCUGUGUUUCUUCCUGGGAUCUUUCUGGUUCCCUGCUGUCCCUGCGGGAAGGUCAGGCUUUGCUGGUGGCAGGGGGCCUGCCUUCUGAUCUUUGGGAGGGGCUGCGCCUUGGCCCCAUGAAUCUCCAGGACCCCUUUGAGCUGAGUCACAAUGUUGCAGCUAAUGUAACCAGUCGAGUGGCUAGACGUCUGCAGAGCUGUUGUGGAGCAGCAGCCAGUUACUGCCGAAGUCUCCAGUUCCAGCAACGUUCUUCCCGGGGCCGGGACUGGGGACUGCUCCCACUUCUGCAGCCCAGCUCCCCUAGCGCUCUGCUGUCUGCCAAGCUCAUCCCCUUACCCCCUGCUCCCUUUCCUCAAAUCAUUAUGGCUCUGGUGCGUGUGUUAAAGGAAGCGCUUGGAUGUCAUAUAGAACAGGGAACCAAGAGACCACGGUCAGAAGGAGCCAGAACCAAAGACUCUCUCCCGGGAGGGACAAACAAAAGACAGAGAUUAGAUAGGCAAGAGAAGUGCUGUGAGGAGGGGAAAGAGGAGCCACAGGGAUGUGCAGGGGACCACGGUGAAAAUGGGGUGGAAGAGAAGGUAACAGAGUUGGGAGAGGUACCUCAGAACAGGACCUUGUUGAGCUCUGGACCACCAGGGGAGCUGACCCCGAUGCCUGUAAAGUGUCUAGACAAGCUGGCUGAGCAGAAGCCCAUGGAACCCGAAGUGGCUGAAGAAGUGUCUAAGGAUGAGACAGGGAAGGAGACAUCACACCUGUCAUCAGUGAGCUGGCGCUGUGCCCUGUGGCACCAAGUGUGGCAGGGGAGGCGGCGUGCCCGGAGACAAUUACAGCAACAAACCAAAGAAGAAGGCAGAGGAGGCCCCACCUCUGGAACAGAGUGGUUGGCAAUGGAGGCUCGUGUAACCCAGGAACUGAAAGGACUGAACAGUGAGCAACAGAGGCCACAGGGGGAGCCUCUCCUCACUUUUGUGGCAUCUGUCUCCCAGGCUGACCAGACACUCAGUGUGGUGCCUGUCCAAGAUUCCCAAGGCCUAUUCCCCGGUCUUCAUCAUUUUCUCCAGGUUUUUCUCCCUCAAGCACUUAAAAAUCUCCUUAAGUGAGGAGCCAGACCGCAUAGACAAUAAAGCUGCUAGUUUAUUUAAUACAGACAUUGGACAACUUUGAUUCCUACCUGGUGACACGUUUUUUCCCUGCCUUAAUGUAGCUUCUGCCCUGCUUGGCCUGACCACCUUAAAACAGUCGUUAUGUUUACUUCUGAGGUCUCCUUCCCACCUCAUACCACAUUCAGGGAGUGCCACCAUCACAAGGCAAAGACACCCAUUUCUGCUGCCCCAGGUCAUGGGAAGCAACAUAAAUUUUGGGUCUAGGGUUUGUCUAGUCUAUCCUUUUAGUACUAGAGUGAGUUCAGAAUGCCCUUAAGUUG